UUAUGUUUAGUAUACUAACUUUGGUUCAGUCUUUUUACUCAUGCUCAGUUAUCUAUGUGUCUCUGUUUCAAGUAAUGCGAAUAUAGUUACUUAAAGCGUUGUUUAAAUUUUAUUUUAAUUAUGUCAAUAAUUGUACGAAGUAGAUUUGACAGAUUUUUCUUUAACCAAAGAAAAUUCUCUUUUCAUUUACUUAGUAGGAAUUUUGCAGCACCAAGGAAAAGAUUUUACAAAAAGGCUCAUGUUUGUGAGUCAAAUGGAGGAUUUGAAAUUUGUCUUGACAAAUAUAAACUUAAAACACCUCUUGGAAAUUCGUUACAUCUACCUAAUGAAGCUUUAGCUGUAGCAGUUGCCACAGAGUGGGAUAUACAGCAAGAUACUUUACAGCAGCAUAAUAUGCAUAUUACAGCUCUAUGUAAUACUGCACUAGAUAAUCCUUGCCGACAAACAAAGGAAACUAUUGUUGAAAGUACACUACAAUUUCUUGCUGCAGACACUCUUUGGCAUCUCUUCCUUUUGGCAGAUAGUCCUUGCAUGGGUAGCAAAGUGAGUUACAGAUCUAUAAAUCCUCCUGACUUUUCUGACUUGCAAAAAGAAAAAUGGGAUCCAAUUUUGGAGUGGUUUCAAUCAAGGAGCCUCUAUUGUUUAUCUUCUCAUGUUCUCAUGAAAGAAAAACAGGUUUUGGGCAUUCCAGGUCUUAUUGGCUCAGAGCCAAUAAGAUAUGGUAUGCCAUGGUUUUUGCCAAAGGGAACUAAGUAUGAAGAAAAAUUACAAUCUUUAAGAUGA